AUGUUUCAUUUGCCAACCGGCGAAUGUACAAUAACACUAGAGGAUGUACCUAUGUUGUUUGGCCUCCGUAUAGAUGAGACGGUUGUACGAGGUGAAACCGAAGGACUUGAUAAUGCGUGUGUCGAUGCUUUAGGCAUAGAAUCUUAUAUUGGACCUGAUAGGGUGAAGGGUACGAUAAAAUUGACAUGGAUCCACGACAUGUUGGAUGACAUGGAAAAAAUUACUCAACCAACCGAGGAGCAAAAUAUUUUGCAUGCAAAAUUAUAUAUUUUAAGCAUGAUUGCAGUUUUAUUUCCUGACAAAUCUCAUAAUUUGUUGCAUUCUUCUUGGUUCCAAUUUGUUAAAGAUCUUGAUAAAUGCGACCAAUAUAGUUGGGGGUCUGCGUGUUUGUGUUACCUUUAUAGGGAGAUGUGCAAAGCAUGUCAAAAAGGAGUCAAGAGUGUUGCAGGCUGCUCACUCCUUCUCGCUGCGUGGACCUACUAUCGCAUUCCACGACUUGCUCUAAAGAGUGAAAUUGCUCCAUCUUAUCCAUACGCCGUUAGGUAA